GGCUUCCUGCCUCAGCGAAUCAGCGCUCGGCGACGGCUCCUCUAACUGAGCGUCCUGGACCGCGGCGCUUUCGAAGGUAUGGCGUCCCAGGAUGUUGAUGAAUCGCCGGCGGCUGCAGCUGAAGCCUCGGGCAAGGCUCUGGCUUCGGCCUCAGCGGCCUUAGCAGCUCCCCCAGCACAGGAGGAGGAGAUGCCCUCUGCCAUGCUGGCAGACUUCUUGAAGGACUCCAGGAAGAAGGAGAAGCUUCUGUGGAGCCAGCUGCAGGUGGCAGAUUCCCUCCAGGGCUUCCUGGAGCACAUGGACAUGCCGGUGGACCCCGAAGAAGACAUCCGCGCAGAAGCUGGCACAGCCCAACAGCUCUGGAAGGACCUGAAAGCUGAGCAUCAGAAGCACGUGGAAGCCAUCGAGACGGCACUGCCGAGGGCCCUACUGCAACUGGAGACCGGCCAGAAGAAGCAGGCUUUAUUGGAGAGCGCUCUGAGGGAGGUCCGGGACAAAAGGCAGACUUUGCAGGAGCAGAAGGAUUUGGCCCAGGCCGAGCAGAAGCAUAAGCAGGAAGUUCAAAGGCAAAAGCUAGUGGCUGAAGCCCAAGCCCACAGGGAGCGCCUAGAGAGUGCCAACCAGCACUUGGAGAAGAUGCUGGCCAUCCAGCAGGAAAGGCAGGAGGAUGCCCAGAGACUUGACACCUUCCUAGGACUUCUGGAGAAGCUACAUGAAGCUGAGGGAAUGGAGGAAACGGAAACCUUUCUGGAGCCCCAGCAAGCCACCCGCAGUAACCACACACACACACACACACACACACACACACACAAAGAUACAGCCAAUAAAGGUGUCAGCCUUUUGUUCUCUCCCAACAUUAAUGAGGGUAGCGCCCCAUGUAUCCACCUGGACCACCAGGGAGAGUGGAACCGGACUCUAUUAGACUGCCCAGAACCAAGAAUUGUGCCGGUUAUCACCAAGGUGUCCUUGGGGCCCCCUGGUUCCUAUUCCUUCUCUGUUCUUUCUCCUCUGACCUCCCCCAGCCCACAUCCCCACAGCCAGACCCUGGGCUACACUCAGAAAACCAGGCCAGCAUGAAGCCCGUAUAGACCACCUGGUUCAAAUCACACACACACCCCCCUGCUUUGGGGACCCCACCUUCUUCCUCCUCCAGGCAGCCCUUCUCAGACUAGUUGGCAGGAUUGCCCUCUUCACUGGGGGCUACCAGGGUGGAGGUCGCCUUGAAGCUACGCUUGCGUUUUUGUACGUUCUGCUCGGGAUGGAAGAUGAUGAUGUACACCUUGGGCACGUAGAGCAUCCCC